AACUUAACCUACCUAUUGUUUCAUGUUUGUUAUCUGCGACUUCUGAUAUUCCAGUCAUAAUUAAUAAUACUCCAGCCUAAAAAGAAUAUCCUUGUAUAUUAUCUAUUUUAAUCAAGACUUCUAUGUACCUAUUCUCGUUCCCCUCAGUUAUGAUCAGUAGAUGGAUCACAGUUUCUAAAUAAAUAAAUAGACUUAAACAAUACACACAACACUAUCUAACCCCAAAGUGAGCCUAGAGCAUAGUCUGUGUCAUGGGUACUAAGAUAGUUAAUUUUAUGUCAUACUAGUGGACCCAGUCAAGCUUCACUUUGACUCAUUCACUACCCCUAGCCAAUUCUACUCCCACCCUACUAAAGCCACCCCUGCCCUACCCUACCCUUGCCCCUACCCUUUUUUGUUUACCUUUAUGUAUUAAUUACAUAAACCUGCUUGCUAUUUUAAAAUAUAUUUGCACAGAUUAUUAUUAACUAUUAAUAGUGGCCUCAGUUUUCCACUAUCACUAUGAAGUCAAUGAGAAAAAAAAAAAUUUAAAGACGUAAGUGAGUAUAUCGUGAGCAUGGAAUUUUAAAAGGAAUUAAGAGGUGACAUCCUGAAUGCUUAGUUUGGUUUAUUCAAAAGUUUUGUUUUGAUGGCACUUGAGAAUCUUCAGCAGGUGAGGCUUCUGGCAAGGCAGCAGGUCGAAUUUAAGAUACGGUUAAGUAAAAUUCCAAAAAAAAGGAAACAAUUGAUAAAGAGGACCCCUCUGCUGCAGUUUGUAAGGUGCUGACUGGACCUCGUAAGCUGUGAGCCAUCAUCAGAAUCUCUCAGCUGCUGUCAUUGUUUUGGGCAUUCUGGCAACAACAAACCUCAAUCUAUACUUGUGAAAUUCAAUGAUUGGGCUCUGAAGGAUGCAGUGUGGUCCUCUAAGACAAAACUGGAUGGCUUAGGGAUGAUUAUGUCCAGAGUUUGUCAUCAAAAAUCUGUAUAUGACCUUCCUCGUCAGAAAUUUGGAGUCACAAAGUGUUGGACCAGAGAUGGCAUCAUCAUAAUACUCAGUGACACUGGAUAACAUCUUUAGCAAAAUCAAACACUAUCCGGGCAAAGGAAGCAUGGAGUUGGUACCGCCGCCAGUGACCACUGUGCGUCCUCAAUGUAUAUCCAUAUCUCUGACACGUGAAGAAGUCAAGUUGAGCCUGUCCAAGGAUCCCUGGAGACCAGCUCGCUUGAAGAAUGAUCUCAUGGAUCUCAGUGAGGAAGAGGUUAAAACUCAGGUUCUUUAUAAAAACUUCCGUGAUAUACUAAACAAAUUCACGCUACAAAAAUUCGAUACAUGGCUGAACAGAGUGAGGGGUCUGGAGAUUACCACACAGGCGCGUCUCGAAGGGAUCGUCGAUAUAAUUUUCAAAAAAGCAAUCAAAGAGCCCAAUUUCUCUGAGGCAUACGCAAUGUUGUGCAUGAAAUUGUCUCAGUUAAAGGUACCACGUGACAACGCUUCCGACCAAUAUGUCAACUUCCGUGGACUCAUUAUCAGUAGAUGUCAGAACCAAUUCAUGAACAAGAAGAUUGACGAACAAGUAUUGAAAUUAGAAAAAGAAGUGGAAGAUUGCGACGAUCCUGUAAAGAAGAAAGAGCUUCUAGAACGGCUAGCUAAAGAGCAACGGCGCGUCAGCGACCUGUCUGUUGGAAAUGCUAAGUUUAUCGGGGAGCUGUACAAGCUGGGAAUGCUGACCAGCAAAAUUAUGACCUACUGCAUGAAAAAUCUGGUCAACGAAAUGAAUGAAGAAAAUCUAGAAAGCCUUUGCAAACUCCUUACAACUAUAGGCCAAAAGAUGGAGAACGAUUACAACCAUCUAUAUUUAAAAAAUGAACUAGAUGACAUAUUCAAGACGUUAUAUGCAAUAGAUUUUCGGAAAACAAACGGGGUCAGUAGCAGGGUGCGAUUCAUAAUCCAGGAUGUUAUUGAUCUGCGAAAUAAAUCUUGGAUUACAAAGGAUGAAAGGAUAUCCAAACAACCCAAGACGAUGGACCAGAUAAUAGAGGAAGCGGAGCAACAGAAAACAAAUAUUAAGUUCAUUAACGAUUGUCCAAGUCGAGAUGAGCGCAGAGGCAAUGUCAGGAGACAAGCCUCCAACUCAAUUAUAGGCAACCAGAACCAAUGGAAGGCUGUAACACUCAACACGCAAAAGAAUCUUAUUAGAAUUAAAUUAGCACCACCCACCUGGCGUCAUAAUGCCUCCAGAACCACCCGCGGUUCUGUGGAUACUGUUCAAAAUCCUCCAUCGCACAAUACCAACAAUAGCCGUGUCGUUUCUUCAACAUCGCGGUCCAGUUCUGGGCGCGGAAAUAUCAAUACCGCUAUCAAGCGUCCAGAAAAAACCUUGCCCCAAGAGCCACUGUCCGAGGGUAUGAAGAGGAAGGUCAAACUGCUCGUCAUGGAGAAUCUUGUCAAUCCCAAUGAUGAAGAGUUCGUGUCAGAGUUCAAGGACACAUUGCCUGGCCUGUACCACUCUGCUGCUGUCACUGAAAUUCUCAACAUCGCUCUAGAAAAAUCAACAAAAAAUGUUCAGAUUAUCGCGAAAUCUACGAAUCGCCUCAUAUCGAGUGGUACUGUUUCUGGUGAACAUUUCUUGUCUGGUGUGACUGGUAUUAUGGAGUGCGCGCCAGAUUUGUAUAUAGAUAUACCCAUGUUAUAUGAAUAUUUAGGGAAAUUCACUGCACCGCUAAUAGAAGGAAAGCACAUUACAUUUGCACAGUUAUUCGGGAUAUGUCAAAAUAUUAUAAAAUCUAAUCAUGGGCAUUUAUUCUUAAGACCUCUAAUCAGAGAUUUAAUAGAAAGUGCGGGGUCUUCUUUCGUAAAAAUGAUUUGGUCACAAAAUAGCUUGGAACUGAAACAAUGGAUCAAUGAAGAACAGAUUCCGAAAUGGCUAGAAGACAAUAAGUUCGAUUUCUUGGUGGACGACAAGGCUACCGAGGCAGAGAAACGUUUGUCUGCAAUUCAUUCAAAAUUCAUUAAAAAAACACAGAGCAUUCUCUUGCAGCUUAUGAAUUCUGAAGAAAACUGUGAAUGCAUAUUAGAAUGGAUUCGGAAUAACGUAGGUGCGUCGUCAACAGAGGAUUGGUUCAUGCGGGCUCUGAUCCAAGCGAUCUGUGAGCACGCACUGUCCGGAGACAACGCACGCUUCAGUUACGAGCGCAUGGCCCAGUACUCGCCACUCAUAAGCGAGUUUGGGCACUCUAGAGAACAGAGGGAAGCGAACUGUCUCCUCGGGAUCCAACAGUUAAUGCUUCAGCUCCAGUAUCCUCCAGGUUUAGCGAUAGAAAUAUUCCAAUUUCUGCUCGAGCAAUACAUAAUAUCCGUGGAAGGUUUCACUGCGUGGGAAGUGUCAGAAUUGGAGCCGGAAGGCAAAGAAAUGAUGCUGAGAGCAUUGAAACCAUUCUUCACCAACAUCAGGGAAGCGACGGAAUCCAGCGACGAGGAGUGAGGAGGCUAUUGUCUCCUCAUUAGUCCAUCCAGUGUUUUAACUAAAACACUGAGAAGAGGGAACUAACUUAAUUGUAUGUGGUUACUUUAAAAAUUCUUUUUAGUUUGAGAGAGGGGGGUUUCAAAUACUAAUAAAAUAUGUUAUUCUUAAAUAUUUGAUAUAUUUUCCAAUAAAUGUUAUAAUUAAAGUUAAGUUUUUUAAAAAUAAAAAAGAAUAAUUGCCAUA